GUUUGGCGUAGCCUGGCUGCUUGCUACGUUGAAUGGAUGUCAAAAUUGGUGGCUUCUUCGUAAAGUAUUUAACUAUUUGCACCUGAACAAUUUACCUUGAGUAAAUGUUGAUUUAAUUACGAUUAAUUAAUUGAAAACAACACGAAACGUAUUUUAGUAGUGCAAAGUGGCGUAUUUAUGUAGCUUAGGUAUUAGCAGUAAAAAUGAGUGACGAUAGUGAUGCGAGUCCUCACCAAAAACGCAAAAGAAAAGCUCGUAGGCUGGAAGACAGUUCUUCUGAAAGUUCCAGUGAUGACUUUUCCGCGCCUGUUCGAACGAGAACAAAGAGCAGGAACCGAAAUCCGAUAGCGGAUUCUUCCUCAGAUUCUGAUAGUGAUGAUUCUUGUGUUGUGCGAAGGAGAAAGAAAAAAGUUGCGAGAGUGACCUCUGACUCAGACUCAGACAAUUCGUCCGGAUCGUCCAUCGUUGUGCGCAUAAGAAGCAAGAGCGGCGCCCGAAUUCUGUCGGCGAGCGAGAGCGAUUCGAGCCAGUGGGAGACGGAGGGCAGCGAUGCGGAGCCCGACUCGAGAACGGCGGUCGCCGCCUCAGUUCAGGACGCCAACGUCGACUCAGACUCGAGCGACGGCCAGUCCGACAAAUGUCCCAUCUGCCUGGCGACGUUCAGGACGCAGGAGAUCGGCACGCCCGAGUCCUGCGACCACCAAUUCUGUCUCGAGUGCAUCCAGGAGUGGUCCAAGAACAUGAACACUUGCCCGGUAGAUCGACAAGAGUACAACCUGAUCCUGGUGCGGCGGCAGGUCAACGGCAAAGUCGCCCGUCAGAUCCCGAUCGAGAAGCCGCAGCCGCAGAACGACGUCGAAAUCACCGAGGAGCUGACCUUCUGCGAGAUUUGCGGACAGAGCGAGUACGAGGACAGGAUGUUGCUGUGCGACGGUUGCGAUCUCGGCUUCCAUCUGUUCUGUCUCACGCCGCCCCUGGACGAAGUGCCAGCCGGAAGGUGGUACUGCAACGAUUGUUCGGCGGACGAUGUGGUCGAUCGUGAGAUCUCGCUUUUCGAAAUCCAGAUGCUCUUUGAUGACCAGGUUAAUAUGAUUCAACCAACGGAGCGGCGUAGGAAUCAAUCUUCGAGAUACCAGUACUCGAUUCUCGGUCGGUUGUACAAAAGGCUAGUAGUUCGCUGCAAACGUCUAGCCCUAAUUAGUCAUACGCUGCAGCACAUAUCCAGACCAUCUAUUUUUCUGAUCGACAGAUUAAUACCUCGCACGAGACAAUCGGAACGCGUACGUCGACAGAUACAAACCAACCGCAUGAACCAGUCGUUGCGAUUACAACAGGAAAUGCCCAGCACAUCGUCGGGAGCGGACAACUCCAUCCACUUGUCGGACGGUGUCACCAGCACAACGAGUCGUAGAACCGCCGGAACAGCGAGAAAACCCCGCAAGAAAAAGACGAGGAAAACGAAACGUCGCCGACGUGUGUUCGAAGUUGACGAGGCCACCGGUGAGAUGGUGGAAGUGAAGAGGAAGAAACGGAAGUCCAGAGCUAAGACGCGGAGACGUAACAGAGUGGUGGCGCGUCCCAAGACCGUAAAAAAACGAUUGGCCGCCCAGUUGGGUAUUUGCGCCCCAAAGAGUGUCCCCCAGAAUCUUCCAGACGUGAGAGUUCCGUCGACUACUGCGAAUUCGAUAGGGGUUAUGCGGCACCAGGCUGGCAUUCCUGCCCUCCAUCUCUUCGGACAGAAUCACGAACUGGAUUACUUCUCCGAUGAGGAUAUCGAUGGUUCGGACAUACUUGUCAGGCGGGCGCCCAAUCAUUCUGACGUGGCGGCUAUGAGGAGGACAGCUAGGCGGAAAGCGGUGGUUAUCCCAUGCACAGUCUCCAGUUCCAGUGAUCUUCUUGAUAGUAUUAUGGAUAGCCAGGAACGACUUCAUUCCAGGAACACCGUCUUCUCCGUAGACAGGGACGGCAAGUUCAAGAUGGAACCGAAAUUGGGUAACAACAAUAACAAUUACAUAAACGUUAAACAGCAAGAUAGUGUGGUCAGACAGUGUCCUACCUCAUAUACAAACAAGACUACCUCCAACAGCAAUAACUACAGGGAAGACGCGGAAACCAGCAGAGAAUACCACGGCAAUUCAUCGUACCAACAUUCCACCCCAUCAUCAACAAUGGAACCGGCUGCAGGUUCACGAUCAUCUUCCAGCAACGAUCAGGAUCAACCCCAAGACUACUCCCAACGGACGCUGUCCGCUUCAUGCGAUGCAACAUACGAUGAUCCCGAUAAAAACAAAAAAGGAUCCGACAGUGGCAGCAACUCACCAAACAGCGAUUCCGACGUGGACAUCUACAGCGACAUAGAAACCGUAAGCACAAGUAAAGUCGACGAUGAUGAAUCGUACAAUAAACCACCGCCGCAACCUGCCGCCCCACAAAACGAUUCCAACGCCGGCGACGAUGAUGAUAACAGCGAAACCGAGAUGGUCAUCGACACCGAGAAGGAGCCGGAAAAACAUACUGAACACGACGAAGAAGACGCAAAACAAGUUACGAGCACGGUCGAUGCGGAGAUCGCACCCCAAAACCGGCCGCAAUAUUCCGCUUCCGAGAUCCAAUCUGAAGCCGUCCAGUCGUCGAAUCAAGUGGAUUACUUGAAAAAUGACUACCAGGAUAAAGAUCAGUACGACGAUGACGAUUCGGAAGAUGGAUGUCCAAAUUUCAGUAUUUACUCAAAGGAGAGCAUCAAAUUAGCCAAAGAUUCGGAUGUUGGAAAUAAUGAGUCAGGCUCGAGCGGGGACAAUCAAGUUGGAGAGGUAAGUUCAUCGCCGAAUGGACCUGAAAGAAGUGUACACAGGACACAGGAUGUAGCAGGCCCUUCAACCAGUCAACAAUAUGAAGCCUAUGAUCCCGAAAUGGAAACCGAAUCUCCAAGACCACCAGAAGACAUUGAUGAUGAUGACCAGGAAGAAAACAAGCCUGAUGGAGCCGAGGAAAGCAGACCCACUGAAGUCAUGAAAAAGCCAAACGUUUCAUCGGGUGGUCUAUAUAGCGACUCCGAAGAUGAGUCGGUGGUCAGGAAGGAAGCCGUACAAUUUGGAAUGAAUGACUUACGUAACAUGACAGAAGACAUCAGUGAAGAAGAAAGAAGCUAUACUCCAUGUUUGGACGAGAAGAACACGUCGUUCAAAGAAGGAAUCGAAGGUUUGGAUACUGAACUGAUUUCAGACGAAGACAGGAACGACUUCGAUGAAUCGCACGAGCAAAAGGCGGUAUCUGAUGGUGGAGAUGCGUUGGAAAUCAACGCAAAAGAAAGCGAACUGGACUUCACUCGGCCGGAGGACUACGAGGAAGGGGAAAUAAUUGACAAGUUGAAGAAUUCCAAAAAACCUGAAGAGGAGCCCAAGAAAGAGGAUGAGAGUCCCAAAAAGGCAAAGAAAAAAGAAAAGACAGCAGACAAUGAAGGCAACAAGGAGAACGAGGUGCAAAACAAAGAAACGUUCAAGAAACUGAGCAAAAGCAGCAAGGACAGGAAUUACCGCGAAAAAGACAGGAGUAAAUCACGCGAAAAGAAAUCCGAUAAAGACAAAGACAAGCAAAAGGAAAAAGAAAAGAAGGAUAAGAAAAGGCGUAAGGAAAUCGUACGAUAUAAUGUACGAGCUCUUAUUGCAGUGAAACCGAAAAGAGACCAAUUUGGUAGAGAUAUACCACAAAGGAAGUCUGAGUCCAGAAAUCGAUCGUUUACGCCACCAAUACGUAGAUCUUCCUCACGACCCCGUCAAUCACCAUCACCUAAACGUCGUGGCAGAUCCAGAACGAGGAAUCGGAAUCGCGUGACCCAAUCUAGAUCGCGCAACCGGGUUGGUUCUCGCUCUAGAUCACGUAAUAAGUUGUCCAGGUCGAAAACUCCACCCCGACGCCGAUCCAGGUCCAAAGAUAAAAAGCGGAAACGAUCGACAAGCAGAAGCAAAAAGCCCACGAAGACAAGGACAAGUUCCAAGUCGAAACGGAAAGCAAGGAGUCACAGUAGACGAAGAUCGAGGUCCAAGUCACCGAGGAAGAAGAGGGACUGGAAAAGAAGGAGAUCCACUGAUUGGACACCAUCGUUUUCCAGGUCGCCUUCACCUGACCAAGCCCCGUUUUCGCCUUCUUGGACUCCACCUCGGAUUCUAGAUAAGGUACAACAGAAACAACAGCACAGCAAUCUCAAAGUUAUACUGCCAAAUGAUGGAGGGAAAAAGAAAAAGGAGAAAAAGAAGAAGAGUGAAAAGAGGAAAGAUUCUGACCGUCAAAGGAAACGAACACGUUACGACAGAACUCCGCCACCUUCAAAAGAAGUUUUCGCCUCCGGUGAAAACAUAUUGGUUAGUGUUAGUUUCAACAAAGAAAAUGAGACAAGGGACGUCACCACAAGGGAUAAAAGGCGGAAAACCGUGGAAGAACCGCCGAAAAAGAAAAAGAAGUCCAAGAACAAGGCACAAAGAAAAGACUUGUCGGGUGUAAAGCCCGUAGCCAUAAUCGAUUUAGAAAGAUCACCGUUUCAAGUGGUGUCCUCACCUAAAGACGUAAUCGUACUCAGCGACAGCGACAACGGCGAGGAUGUACAAAAGAAUAUAUGUGACUCGUCGCAGCAGGUCGCCAGUCCGGAGAGAUGCGGGGUGAACACCUACACGAUGGGACCAAAAACGCCACCUGAACCUCAAGUGAAGUUCUCACUUAAUGCUAAACCGCCUACGAUCCGUGCAAUAAGCAAUCCCCUUCACGAAGCAGAUGAAAUGGAUGUUGAACCAGAUCAAGAAGAUAUUACCGAUAGCGUGCACAAAGGACCAAACACGCCUCCGGAACCACCAAACUCACCACCCAGUUCGCCGGAUGCUUACGAUCCAUUCGAGCCCACCAAGUCACGAUCACCUACCCCUGAGCCUCUGGAGACGACUCAGUCCAAUGAGCCCGAUAUGGCCGAAGCGGAUGACGACAAAAUACACAAUCAGUCGCCCGACAAGAGCCUCACACCUCCUGUCGCCGAUAUCCAACCUGCUGAUUCACAAAGCAGUAUCCACGCGACGCCCGACAUUAAAUCGCCUGAAAGGAUUGGGGCGACUAUAAAUCAACCUGCUGCAAAACCUGUUGCACAAACGACGCCAUUUUCAACCGGGGCAACAUCACUGAUUAACUCCGCUCCAAUUAACAAUUUGGCUCCGCCUAGGAUUAAUAUUAUCAAUUCGACGAUAGUACAACAGUCAUCGAUACCACAGCGGAUCGUCCUACCCAAUGUACAGAAGUCGAGUCCGGUAAAAAUAGCACCAACAAAGUCCAUAAAACCAAUGCCGUCCAAGCAGGCGAAUAACAAGAAUUCCCGCGGAAAGGGCCGACAGAAUGGUGCCAGCGACGAUAUGGUGCUUGAUUUAGAUUCACCUUAUUCGCCAGGUUCGAGCGACUACGAGGACUUGUUCGAGCCGCCUCCAGAAUCCGGUGGUAAAUCGUCGAAAAGCAGUUCUAAAACCACAUCGUCAAAAACGAAAAGUACAUUCGACGCACUGUUCGGCUCGCCUUCCUACAGUGCUUCCAAACCAACGAAAAAAGACAAAGUCAAGAAAGUGCAAGUUUCGCCCACCAAAGGUGAGAGUACUAAACAAGUUGGUGUUAAAUUGGAUGAGGAUAAUCUCAAGAUUUUGGAUGAAUUACCAAAUUCAGCCGUUGAAAUGCAAGUGAAAGACAAGGUACAGUAUUUAAAGAAAUUGAACAGGCAAGAAAGGGUUGUGGAAGAGGUAAAACUGGUCCUGAAGCCGCACUACAAUAAGAAACGUAUAAACAAAGAAGAGUACAAAGAUAUUUUAAGAAGAUCCGUACCUAAGAUUUGUCACAACAAAAGUGGUGAAAUAAAUCCUACCAAGAUCAAAAGUCUUAUAGAGGCUUACGUGAAGAAGAUUCGCCACAGUAAAAAAGUCACAUCCAGCAGUUCUGUAAAUCCUCAAAAAGUAUAAAUUCUGUAAAUAAUUGAUAUGAUUAAGUAGCAGUGAUUAUUUUUAUUGUAAUUAUAUUUUAUUUAUGAUUAACUGUCAAAUCAAAUGAAUAUUUGUGUGUUGUUUUAAUUUUAAAUAUAUACAAUCUAUAUUGUA